CAAUGAAAUUUGUUAUUUUACUGUGUGUACUUAGUGUACUAUUACUGCAACAAGCUCAAGCUUCACCCGUAAAACUAGUCGAACGUCAGGAACGUGCUUUGGCGCGCCAACAGGCUACCGGUGUCAAUGAAAUUGCUCCUGCCGCACAGGCCGCCGACGAAGAUGAUGAUGAUGAGGAUGAUGAUGACGAUGAACCUGAUCUAGGAGAUCUAAUUGACGAUGAUGAUGAUGACGAGGAUGACGAUGAUGAUGAGGAUGAUGACGAUGAGGAGGAAGAAGAUAGACCACAAGGUCAAGCUGCCCCCAAUUCGGGAGCCGAUGAUGAUGAUGAAGAAGAUGAUGAUGAUGAUGAUUACUUGGAUAGAUUAUUCGAUGAUAUCUUAGGUGAUGAAGAUGAUGAUGAAGACGAUGAUGACGAAGAACCCGCUGCCAGUGUACAAAAUACUGUAGCCGCUGCUCCCGCCGCACCAAUUGAAGAGCUUGCUCCAGCUGGUCAAGCCGCUUCCGCCGGUAUUUCCGAUGGUGUCGAUUUACCCGCCGAAAGUGGCAAUGCCAAUGAACCCUUAGCCCAGGGUAAUACAGCCGACAAUGAAGUGGCACCCUCUAGCAGCAGCAACAACAACGAAGGUGCCCUAACAGGCGAAGAUGACGAUGAUGCUGACGACGAUGAAGAUGACGACGAUGAUGAUAUUAUUGGUGACGAUGUGAUUGAAGCUAGACGUGAAGCACGUUCAUUGAAAAACAAUAUAAUUGAUAUGUCGAGCGAUGCCUUCCAGGAACGUAAUAAUCAGUUUGUCGAUGCGAUAUUUGCACGUAUCAAUCGUAUUGUAUCCGAUAACUAUGACCCGUUUGUGGUACAAUUGAAUGGUCGUUCAACAGUUAAACAUGAUACAAAAUCGGCCUCUGCCACAGCAACAACAAAAAGCCAACAACAGCAGCAGAAUAAAAUAAAAGCCGCAAAACCACAAACCACCAACACAUCAAUUAAGAAAUUAAAAAAUACAAAAUCGGAACCACGUAGCAACACAAACAACGAUAACAACAACGAAAAUGAAAACGAAAAUAUCAACAGCAGCAGCAGUAGCACACUUACCAGCACUGAUGAAAAAGAGUCUAUGCCAAAGGACAAUAAAAAUGAGCCAAAACAACUAAAUAAGUUGCAACAACAAUUGGAACAAUUGCAGGGACAGCAGAAAAAACUCAAAGCCACUGAACAAAUUGGGAAUGAUGCUGUAACAAAUGAACAACAAAAGACCGAGCAGCAACAACAACCAGAAAUACAUACUGACGAAAUGAUACCGGAAACUCGCACUGCAUUUGUCAAUGAUGUUGUCAAAUCAGGAAAUCAAAAGAAAAGCUCUACAAAGGCCCACAAACAACAUGGUUCGACAAAAAAAGUUCACAAUGGCAGCAGUGCGACCACUACCAGCAAUAGCAACAACAUCAACAGCAACAACAACAAACAUAAACUUAAAUCUACUAACUCGAACAACAAGAACGGUGGUAGCAACAAGGAUGCCACUGACUUUUUAAAGGCUGAGGGCAGUCUCUCGGGUUUGGCGUCAUUGAAGCGUGUCGGUAAUGUAAAAUUGGCCACCGAUCCGGAAGGACGCAAUUCAACAAUUAAGGCUAAAUUUACUUUGGGUCCCUUAAUACUGCGCGUUGAGAAAUCAUUCAAACGUGCCGGUGUGGAAAAUGUUAAAAGUGCUACAGCACGUACCAACGAAAUGAUCGGACGUAUUAAGUUUAGUGUAGUUAAUGAUCGUGCCACUUUAAUGUCCAUUAAGGUGCAACAGCCCAAACAGGUCGAAGUUGAAAGCAAAGACAACCAUGACCGCACCAGAGAAUUUGUCUGGCGUCGUACACCGAAAAUUGCUAAAUUGGUCAAUGAAAAACUUAAAUUGGCAGCUGAAACUCUAUUUGCCCCACAGGGCGUUGAAGUGGUGAGACUUUAAGUCAAACCAAAUAACAAUGGAAUCGUGCUCAAACUCAAAAUCAACACACAUCAGCCAACAUACAUUUGAAAUUUAUACUUUACUCAACACUAAGAAUAUUUAUUGAAAUUUUGUAAAAGAUUUUUCGCCAGUAAUUGUUGAAGUUAAACAAAAAAUCCUGCAUAUGAUUUAAAUGAAAUAUUUAUAUCUAUUUAUUUAUUUUAUUUACAUGAACACCUACAUAUUUUACUUAUUUAAAAUAUGCCUAGAUAAUUCUAAUUACUUAAACAAUUUAAUUUUAGUUAAUUUUAAUUUAUUUAUUUUUUGCAAUAAGCUUUAUUUAUUAUCUAUUUAUUAUUAUGCUAUAUUUUCUAUUUAAGUCUUCUUUUCAUUAACACAUUCAUACAAAAAUUCAACAAUUGUAUUUAAAGUUAUGCAAAACAUAAAUUGAAUUUAAUUAAUUAAACACAGAAACUAAUGAUAAUAAAUUUACAGAAUAUUAUUUACUUAAACCGUAUGAAAUUUUAAUUUAUUUGAAAAUAAAGAAUUAUUAUAAUUUAAAAAAAUAAAAA